UGGCAUAAGUAGCUCGAUAUUAACUUAUACGACAUAUUGUUUUAAGAAUAAAGUAGUUUUAUAAAAUGGCAAGCAUAGUUCUUAUAGCUUGCCUGGCUAUGUUGGGCUUAAUUAUUGCAAUAGCUCUUUUUCUGGCUGGAGGAUACUUGUGGUGGAGGCAUAAAAGAUCCCAGUUACAGUUUAUUGAACCAAAUGAAGACGAGGAAUCUAGUAGUUAUAGUCUUCGGGCUGCUCAGGAUAUUGUGGACUCCGGUAAUCCACCUACAAAACCGCAAGUGCCGGUGACACAAGCUAUCACAACUCCUCUGCAAAACAAUAUUAACCGAAAACUAAAUGGAUUUUUAAGUCUUAGAACUCCUUUGAUUGGUGUUUCGGGAGCAUCUCAAACAAAACCACAAAGCGUUUCUUCGGUUGCAAAUUCUGGAGAUGGGACUACAAAAGAUUCUGCAAAUAAAAGUAUCUCAAUGACAGACAUGUAUUUGGAUAGUACCGAUCCAAGUGAAAAUGUUGGGCAAAUUCAUUUCUCCUUGGAGUACGAUUUCCAAAAUACAACAUUAAUUUUAAAAGUUCUUCAAGGAAAAGAGCUUCCAGCAAAGGAUUUGAGCGGUACUUCCGACCCAUAUGUUCGUGUAACGCUAUUACCAGACAAAAAGCAUAGAUUGGAAACAAAAAUAAAACGGCGAACCCUAAAUCCACGGUGGAACGAAACAUUUUAUUUUGAGGGUUUUCCCAUUCAAAAACUUCAAUCACGUGUUUUACACUUACAUGUUUUUGAUUACGAUCGGUUCUCAAGAGAUGACUCCAUAGGGGAAGUAUUUCUUCCUUUAUGUCAGGUUGACUUUGCUGGAAAACAGAGUUUUUGGAAGGCAUUAAAGCCCCCUGCAAAGGAUAAAUGCGGAGAACUUCUCUCCUCUCUUUGCUAUCACCCGUCGAACUCAAUUUUGACUUUAACAUUAAUUAAAGCGAGAAAUUUAAAGGCAAAAGAUAUCAACGGAAAAUCUGAUCCUUACGUAAAGGUUUGGCUUCAGUUUGGAGAUAAAAGGGUAGAAAAAAGAAAAACGCCUAUAUUUACGUGUACAUUAAAUCCAGUAUUUAAUGAAUCGUUUAGUUUUAACGUACCAUGGGAAAAAAUAAGAGAAUGUUCCUUGGAUGUUAUGGUGAUGGAUUUUGAUAACAUUGGAAGGAACGAGUUAAUAGGACGAAUAUUAUUAGCUGGGAAAAACGGUUCUGGAGCAUCGGAAACUAAACAUUGGCAAGACAUGAUCUCAAAGCCCAGACAAACUGUAGUACAAUGGCAUCGCUUAAAACCUGAGUAACUUUAAUACGAAUUCCUUAAUAACAUAUAAUUAACACCAGUGACUACAUCGGAGAACACCGUACAUUAAUGGAUGUACAUACAUUAGUUUAUUUAAAGUUGCUUUUAUAGCAAUAUCAUAAUCAUACCAAAUUAAUGUAUAAAGACGAAAAUAAUUUAAAUCUGCACAAAUUAAUGUUUAUUGUUUACAAAAAUUUUACCUUUACAAAAUAGCUAUACAAAUAUAAUGAAGUAUUUGUUUUGAUAAGAGCAAUAGUUUUAUACGUACUUAUAUAUAUAUAUAUUUUGUCCUUAGAAAACAUAUAUAUACAUGUUUUUUAGGGACAUUAAUAUUAUACAAAUAUUAUAAACAAUUGUAAAUUCGUUCAAAAAAUCCUGUUAAAAAACGGAGGUACCACAAAGAAGUACCACUUUUCGAUGGAAAAGUCUUUAAAGUUAAAAAAUACUGUUGUCCAUCACUUUAUUUUAUUAAGGCAUUAAGGACAAACCAUUCAAAAACAUGACCAAAUACAAUUUUCGAGUUCUUUCUUUCAAAUUAUUUAAAAUGUAUUUUCCUGAGUGUCAUUCUCAAUCUUGAGAAACUAAUCAAUUUCUUAAUCAUAUUUCAAUCCUAAUAA